CCUCGUUACCCCCUACCCCCUACCCAGUACUCCCGUCCAUUUUUACCCCCCUUCCCCACCCAAGGACACCAAAUUGCCAGAGUGAGGCAGUGGCAACGGAGGCAGAGCCACGCACUUGCCGCCACUCAGAACUCUGCCAUCCAUCUGCCGUCGCAUACAAUCACCUACCAUCGUCUAUCGCCGUCCAGCAUCAUCUACCAUCGUUUAGUUUCAACUGCCAUCGUCUAGCGCCGUUUAAUACCAUCUACCAUCUCCUACCACCGUUUUAGUAUCAUCUACUAUCGUCUUUUUAACAACCAUCGUCGAUACCAGUGAUGGCUUCGGGAUUGGAAGAAAUCGUCCGAUUCGGCACAGCGGACUACGUGGUUUUCGUCGGCCUCAUUGCCACCAGUCUUGGGAUCGGAGUCUUCCACGCCUUCACGGGAAACAGAAAUCCCGAGGACUAUCUGUUUGGUGGAAGGUCCAUGAGCGUGCUCCCUGUUUCUGUCUCACUUUUAUCGUCGUAUAUCUCCGCCAUCGCUGUUUUAGGUUGUCCAGGAGAAACAUACGGUCACGGUUUACAAAUCUCCAUGUUAAGCGCGGGGACAGUCAUUGGUGUGUUAUUGGCAACUGUUAUCUUCUUACCCGUGUUUUACCCUCUCAAGAUGACCAGUAUUAAUGAGUACCUGGAGCUGCGGUUCCGAUCGCGGUUUCUCCGACUGACCAUCUUCCUCGUGCAACUUGUCCCGACGUUCGUGUACUCCGGCCUGUGUCUCUAUGCGCCUACGCUGGCCAUGGCUUCGGUAACUCCCCUGUCCGUCGAAGCCAAUAUCAUCAUUCUCGGAGUCGUGUGUUUCGUGUAUUCUGCAAUGGGCGGACUUCGCGCGGUCGUGUGGACGGACGUGGUGCAAAUGGCGGUCGUUUUGGCGGGAACCGUGUCUGUCGUGGUCGUCGCCUGCGUCCGCGUCGGAGGCCUGGAGGAGGUCUGGAAAAUCGCGGAGACUGCUGACCGAACGCAGCUUUUUGACCUGUCCCUGAACCCAUACAAAAGACACACAAUGGCGAACGUAAUGACAAUGGGAGCGGUACUUUUUCUUAAUUCCUAUGGCGUUUCCCAGACCAACUUGCAACGUAUAUGCGCGGUGCCAACCAUAGGUCAAGCCAGGAGGGUCCUCCUUAUGAACCUCGUAGGGAUGGUGGCCAUGAGUAUCCUGCAGGACUUCAGUGGGAUCUGCGCCUUCGCCACGUAUCACGGUUGCGACCCUUUGGCGCGAGGAAUCAUCACUUCCAAAGACCAGAUCCUUCCUUACUUCGUCAUGGAUCAAAUGGGCUUUAUAGUGGGGAUGCCUGGACUCUUCGUCGCCAUGUUAUACGGUGGAUCCCUUAGUAGCCUUUCUUCGAUCAUCAACAGCUGGGUGGCCGUUGUGUGGACAGACUUACUGGAACCUCUUCCUUGGUUUCGAAAUGUGACGAGAUCGGGCGCCGCGUUCAUUAAUAAGAUUCUUUCCCUCUUGAUGGGGUUGCUGAUCAUCGCCAUGGCCUUCUUCGCCAAGAACUUCGGCGGGCUCUUCCAGACGACGAUGACGCUCGCCGGAGUCGCCGCAGGACCUACGCUGGGGCUGUACCUCACCGGGGUCCUGGUUCCUUACUGUGACCGGCGCGGGGCCUUCGCCGGUCUCGUGGUCUCCGCGACCUUUCUUGCCUGGAUAACGUUGGGAGCAUCCAUAUACGGUUCGAAACCAGAGCUCCUUCCCUUUUCCAACGAAACGUGUCCUGGUUUCUAUAGAGACCACGGAACGAAUGAAAGUCUCUUCAAACCGGCAUUUCCUGCCGAAGCGCCGAAAAUGGAAGCCGGUUUCAUGGAUCACGCACGUGAGGUGCAGGCGCCUGAUUCCGCCACGACUGCGAACGCAUCUCUGAGCGAGAAUGAUAACUGGGGCUUGAUGUACCUCUAUGGGCUGUCAUACACCCUCUUCAUGACACUGGGAAUGGUCGUUUUUGUCGCCGUGGCUUCCUUGGUUACGCUAAUUACAGUUGGGGCUUGAUGUACCUCUAUGGGCUGUCAUACACUCUCUUCAUGACACUGGGAAUGGUCGUUUUUGUCGCCGUGGCUUCCUUGGUUACGCUAAUUACAGGUGGCGAGGACCUCCGUCAGGUGAGGCCUGAGUUCGUCAGUCCCCUGGUUCGCGGGCUCCUCCCAGCGCCGCCACUGGGACCCAGGAACACUUCCUACCAUCCGGUCAGAACCUCUCCUCCCUCGGAACACGCUGCUCCGGUCCCUGCUCCUGCUUCUGCGUCUGCUCCUCCUACGAUCAGAGUUCUGAAUACGAAGGUCUAGAACGCGGACGCCUCUGAGUUUUGCUUUCUAAGUGUUGUUUGGUUUAUGCCAAUUCUGGAGUCAGAGUCAUCUAAAUCCUGUAUUAUAUGGUGUAAUGAUACUAAUACCAGUAGGUUUCAAUAUAAGUAUUAACGAUGAUAACAUUGAUACUUUGAUAGAGAAUAUCUAAAGCCCAAAUGAUUUUAUUUCAUUUCAAAGUAUCUGAUGUCCUAACAUCAUGUAAAGCGACACUUUCUCUGUCUCUGUCUGUCUGUCUGUCUGUCUGUCUCUCUCUCUCUCUCUCUCUCUCUCUCUCUCUCUCUCUCCUCUCUCUCUCUCUCUCUCUCUCUCUCUCUCUCUCUCUCUCUCUCCCUCCCUCUCUCUCGCACAUUUUCUCCUAAUUAUACGUCAC